AUGGCUGUUCCUGCUCACGCUCAGGCUUCACUGCCUGCGCUCCCUGCUCAUCUUCAAGAUGACAGCCACCUGACAGCACACCUGGCCAGCAGGUUCCACGUCUCGCUGCCCACCGCCCAGUUGUCAUCACACGCCAUCAUCGCCCUCAACACAUACACGUCUUCGGCCAAGGGCCCGGAUGGCUCAAAAGAAGGCAGCGCUAUGGGCGCUGCUGAGGAUCUGGCUUCAAGAGCGUGGACUCGACUGGGGGCCAGACAGGAGAACCAGGCCGUUGUCUUUCUCGGUGAAACCGGCUCAGGCAAGACGACCCUGCGCUCGCACGUUCUCUCUGCCCUAUUGACCUACACAUCGACGCCACUGUCCAACAAGCUGUCCUACGCCGCCUUUGUUUUCGACACUCUGACCACCACAAAGUCUGUCACCACUCCCACCGCCUCCAAAGCCGGUCUCUUUUUCGAACUUCAAUACGACACAUCCUCCAGUCUGCACCCGACCCUUGUCGGUGGAAAGCUACUCGACCAUCGUCUCGAGCGCAGCAGAGUCGCCACUAUCCCUCCUGGCGAGCGUAACUUCCACGUUCUCUACUACCUCCUGGCCGGUACCAGCCCGCAAGAGAAGGAGCAUCUCGGUCUUGAUCAGGCAGGUCCUGCUACCAACAGACACUCGCUUGGUAAUGGCGGCGCAAAGAGAUGGAGAUACCUGGGACACCCUAGUCAGCUCAAGGUUGGCAUCAACGACGCCGAAGGAUUCCAGCACUUCAAGACGGCUCUACGCAAAUUAGAGUUCCCUCGUGACGAGAUUGCUCAUAUGUGCGAGAUGCUUGCUUGUAUCCUGCACAUUGGUCAGCUCGAAUUUGUGACGACUCAGUCCACUACACCAUCGGCCGAUGACAGUGGUGGCUACUCGCACGAGGGUGGCGAGGACGUUACUUCGGUCAAGAACAGAGAAACUCUUCACAUCGUAGCAGCUUUCCUCGGUGUUUCCGAGAGACAACUAGAAGAGAGUCUGGGAUACCGCACAAAGAAGCUGCACCGCGAGCGCGUUACAGUCAUGCUGGAUCCCAAGGGUGCUCGAGACAACGCUGAUGAGCUCGCACGCACCUUGUACUCGCUUUUUGUCGCAUACACCAUCGAGCGUAUUAACCAGAAGAUCUGCUCGGCAGAAGAGGCCGUUGCCAACACUAUUUCCAUUGUUGACUUCCCAGGCUUCGCACAAUCUUCUUCUACAGGAUCCGUACUGGACCAACUACUGAACAACGCAGCAUCAGAAUCUCUCUACAACUUCUGUCUGCAGAGCUUCUUCGAGCGCAAGGCUGAUCUUCUCGAGACUGAAGAAGUCAGCGUGCCUGCAACCAGCUACUUCGACAACACCGAUGCUGUCAAGGGUCUGCUGAAAUCCGGUAACGGCCUUUUGAGUAUCCUGGACGAUCAGAUGCGUCGUGGCAAGACUGAUCAGCAGUUCCUCGAGAGCGUCAGGAGACGUUUCGAGGGUAAGAACCCUGCAAUUGAGGCUGGCGCCGCUACUCAGACUCUUCCCGGAAACAACUUUGCUACCCGUAAUGCCAAUGCUGCAUUCACCGUCAGACAUUACGCUGGCGAGGUUGACUACCCUGUGGAGAACCUCCUCGAAGCCAACGGCGAGAUCAUUUCCGGUGAUCUCAUGAACCUGAUCAACACGUCUUCGAACCAAUUCGUCAGUGAUCUUUUUGGUCAGGAAGCUUUGAGCAAGGUCGUCCAUCCCAAAGAUCGCUCAGCAGUUAUGCAAGCCUCGGUCGCCUCCAAGCCUUCAAGAAUGCCUAGCAUGGCCAAGCGCACUGGUGAGCGCCCUGCAAGACUCGGUACCACGAGACAGGACAGCGACAAUGGCAAGAGAAGCACUUCUCGCACUGGCAAAGGAGGUGAGCCGGAACAGCAACAAGGUGCCGCUGCUCAGUUCCUGUCUUCCCUGGACAAUAUCUCCAAAUCUCUAUCGGACCCUCGCACCAACCCAUACUUUGUGUUCUGCCUGAAACCCAACGAUCGCAGAAUUGCCAAUCAGUUUGACAGCAAAUGUGUCCGCACCCAGAUGCAAACACUUGGUAUCGCAGAGAUCAGUCAGCGUCUACGCAACGCUGAUUUCAGUGUCUUCAUGCCAUUCAGUGAAUUCUUGGGUGUCGCUGAGGGCGAUGUUUCCGUUGUGGGUACCGACAAGGAAAAGGCAGAAAUGAUUCUGGACGAGAAGAUCUGGCCUGGCAAUGAAGCAAGAGUUGGCAGCACUGGUGUCUUCCUUAGCGAGCGCUGCUGGCGCCAGAUCGCCCGAGUCAGUGAUCUCGACGUAGCUCCUGCUGGCAUGCACGAGCAGAUGACUUAUGGAGAGCAGGAGGGUAUGCUGUCUCCUGAUCACGCUCGUAAUGGUCGCAACGACUCCAAUCUCAACCUCCUUGGUGCCGUAACUCCUUCCCCUGGUGCCUUCUAUCACGACGACAAAGUAGCGGGUUACUUCGGAAGCCGCGACCUCGACGCCAAAUCCGAAGCCGGUGCAUCAGCCUUCCAUGGAGGUGAUAUGUUCCAGAAUCUGGAAACACGCUCGCAACUCGCAGAGAAGGGCAAUGAGGCCAAGGUGGCAGCAAUCGAGGAGAUACCCGUCACAGGUGCUCGUAAAAGAUGGGUGUUCCUUGUCUACCUCUUCACAUGGUGGAUUCCCGAUGUGUUCGUUCGCAUCAUUGGUCGCAUGCCUCGUCCUGACAUCCGUAUGGCCUGGAGAGAAAAGGUAGCCAUCAACUUCAUGAUCUGGCUUGCUUGUGGCAGUUUCUUGUUCCUCAUGAUUGGUUUCCCUGCGCUCAUUUGUCCGACACAACACGUCUUCUCGGCCGCCGAGUUGCAAGACCACAACGGUAAAGACGGUCACUCUUCUUACAUCGCCAUCCGUGGUGUUGUCUUCAAUCUUGGCAACUUCGAGUCGAUUCAUUACCCUAACAUCGUUCCGACAUCUGCUCUGGAGAAGUACGCUGGCACUGACGCGACCAACCUCUUUCCUGUUCAAGUAUCCGCUCUCUGUCCUGGUACGGACGAGAAUGGCAUCGAUCCUGCUGUCCAACUCAACUACAAGAGCACCAACUACACCGGUCAAGCUUCGGCUGUUAGCGGUACCGAUGCUCAUGCCGUAUACCACGACUUCCGCUGGGCCACCAACGAUUCCCGUCCAGACUGGUUUGCGCAGCAGAUGAAGUUCCUAAACCAGAAUUACAGAAAGGGUGCUGUCGGUUACACUUCCAGCUAUGUCAAGAAACAGGGCAAGAAGCAACAGUCCAUUGCCAUUCUUAAUGGACGAAUUUACGACUUCACAGAGUACAUCGUCGGCGGUCGUGCUCCUAAGUACCCAGCCGGAUACGAUGUGCCUGACACUCCGCCCAACUCGAACUUCAUGGACCAGCGUGUGGUCAAUCUUUGGCAGCAACAUGCUGGUCAGGAUGUGACUGACGAAUGGAACAACCUUGGAAUGACCGUGGACCUCAAAAACCGCAUGCAAAUCUGUCUCGACAAUCUGUUCUACGUGGCCGACGUUGACACCAGAAACUCGACCAAGUGUCUGUUUGCCACUUAUCUGUUGCUCGGAAUUUCGAUGUUCUUGAUCGUGGUCAUCGGUGUCAAGUUCCUUGCUGCACUGCAAUUCGGUGGCAAGAACGUCCCAGAGAACCUCGACAAGUUUAUUAUCUGCACUGUGCCAGCAUACACUGAAGAUGAAGAUUCUCUGCGUCGUGCCAUUGAUUCCGCCGCCAGGAUGAAGUAUGACGACAAACGCAAACUUCUGCUCAUCGUUUGUGACGGUAUGAUUAUUGGUCAAGGCAACGACCGUCCAACUCCCCGUAUUGUUCUCGACAUUCUCGGUGUCCCCGAAACCGUCGACCCGGAACCAUUGAGUUUCGAGAGUUUGGGCGAGGGUCAAAAGCAGCACAACAUGGGCAAGAUCUACUCUGGUCUGUACGAAGUCCAAGGUCACAUCGUACCAUUCAUGGUCAUUGUCAAGAUUGGUAGACCUGCUGAAGUCGGAAGACCUGGUAACCGUGGUAAGCGUGAUUCUCAAAUGGUCUUGAUGAGAUUCUUGAACAGGAUUCACUACAACCUGCCAAUGGCUCCCAUGGAACUCGAGAUGUACCACCACAUUCGAAACAUCAUCGGUGUCAACCCGACGUUCUACGAAUUUUUGCUGCAGAUUGAUGCAGAUACCGUCGUCGCUCCUGAUUCAGCCACACGAUUCGUUGCCUCAUUCCUCCAUGACACACGCCUCAUCGGUGUUUGUGGCGAAACAGCUCUUACCAAUGCUAAGCACUCCAUUGUUACGAUGAUGCAAGUGUACGAAUACUACAUUUCGCACAACUUGAUCAAGGCUUUCGAAUCGCUGUUCGGCUCGGUCACUUGUUUGCCAGGUUGUUUCUCUAUGUAUCGCAUUCGCGACGCACAGUCCGGCAAGCCUCUCUUCGUUUCUAAGGAAGUUGUCGAGAUGUACGCCGAGAUUCGUGUCGAUACCCUUCACACAAAGAACUUGCUGCACCUGGGAGAAGACAGAUACCUGACGACACUCCUGAUGAAGUGGCACCCUUCUUACAAGACCAAGUUUAUCAUGCGCGCUCACGCCUGGACUAUCGCACCCGACAGCUGGACCGUCUUCAUGUCACAACGUCGUCGUUGGAUCAACUCUACUGUUCACAACCUCUUCGAGCUUACAUCACUGUCUCAACUUUGCGGUUUCUGCUGUUUCAGUAUGCGAUUCGUUGUUAUUCUUGACCUGCUCUCAACUGUUAUCCAGCCUGUCUUGGUCGGAUACCUGGUGUACAUUUUUGUUCGCAUUGGACAGGAUCCUACUGGUGUCUCGACCAUUGCCAUCAUCAUGUUGGUGGCCGUUUACGGUAUGCAAGCGUUAGUCUUCAUUAUCCGCCGCAAGUGGGAGAUGGUCGGUUGGAUGAUCAUCUACUUGAUUGCUACGCCUGUCUUUUCCAUGGCACUUCCCCUCUACUCUUUCUGGCACAUGGACGAUUUCUCGUGGGGUAACACUCGUGUCGUUACUGGAGAAAAGGGUAAACAGGUUGUCGUUUCCGACGAGGGCAAGUUUGACCCUGCCAGCAUUCCGAAGAAGAGAUGGGAAGACUACCAAGCCGAGCUCUGGGAAGCGCAGACUUCUCGUGAUGACGACGCCCGUUCCGCAAUGUCCGGCGUUACCGGCGUGUCUUAUGCGACCAAGUCAGCCUACCCUGGUAUGGGCGGCUCUGUCUACGAUUACCCACCGUCGCGCCCCAUGUCGACAUUGGGUGUGCCACAAGGUCCCUUCGGCAACCAGUCGCGCAUCAGUCUCGCACCAAGUGAGAUGGGUUUGAUGACUGGUGGUUACAGCCCAAACUCCGUAGAGAUGACGGACAUGCCUCUUCCCAGUGACGAUGCCAUUCUCGCCGAGAUCCGUGACAUCUUGGCCAAGACUGACCUUAUGACAAUUACGAAGAAGAGUGUUAAGUCCGAGUUGGAGAGACGAUUCGGUGUGCCGCUCGAUGCUAAGAGGGCGUACAUUGGCUCCGCCACAGAAGCCAUCCUUAGUGGACAGUUGUAG